AGCAGUUGGCACAUCUGAGAAGGCAGAGAUUGAAGAGAGUAGGAGGAGCGUGCAGCGGCGGUGACAGUGCCAGGCCGGCGCGGCUCAGGCCAGCGCAGGUGCAGGGGCUGCGAGCCGGUGGAGCGAGAGGGCGCUGGGCGCAGGGCGCACGGCCGGCGGGCGGUGCGCACGGCGGGUGAGCAGCUGACAGCAUCGUCACGGCGGCGGGAGGGAGUGCGCUGCGCCUGCCUCCGGGAGGAGCCGCAUCCACACACCCUGCGCUGCCCUGUCCUGCGCGAGCGGAGCUCUGAAGAAGCUCUGAGCGGAGUUGUGUUCUUCCCCAGGUGCGUCCUGGCUGAGAGUUGGAGCUCUCCAGCAACAUGCCUGAGCAGAGUAACGAUUACCGGGUGGCCGUGUUUGGGGCUGGCGGUGUUGGCAAGAGCUCCCUGGUGUUGAGGUUUGUGAAAGGCACAUUCCGGGAGAGCUACAUCCCGACGGUGGAAGACACCUACCGGCAAGUGAUCAGCUGCGACAAGAGCAUAUGCACAUUGCAGAUCACCGACACGACGGGGAGCCACCAGUUCCCGGCCAUGCAGCGGCUGUCCAUCUCCAAAGGGCACGCCUUCAUCCUGGUGUACUCCAUUACCAGCCGGCAGUCCUUGGAGGAGCUCAAGCCCAUCUACGAACAAAUCUGCGAGAUCAAAGGGGACGUGGAGAGCAUCCCCAUCAUGCUGGUGGGGAACAAGUGUGACGAGAGCCCCAGCCGCGAGGUGCAGAGCAGCGAGGCGGAGGCCUUGGCCCGCACAUGGAAGUGCGCCUUCAUGGAGACCUCAGCCAAGCUCAACCAUAACGUGAAGGAGCUUUUCCAGGAGCUGCUCAACCUGGAGAAGCGCAGGACCGUGAGUCUCCAGAUCGACGGGAAAAAGAGCAAGCAGCAGAAAAGGAAAGAGAAGCUCAAAGGCAAGUGCGUGAUCAUGUGAAGGCCCUUCCUGCGGGAGGAGCAGCUGUGUGUCCCCGGCACCUCACUCCCCCGAAAUGAAACCCACCGUCGUCAGGGUAGCAUGUAUAAUGCCCACGUGUUAAACAUUGCAUUUAAUCGAGAUGCGUCCUGUUGUCCUUAAGAGGGCAUUUCACACCACCAACAGCAAGCCACCCCCUCUGGAGUCACAGAAUCUGCCAGGCGGUUCAAGUGAAAACCAACACGCUCAGCAUCCCCGAGAACUGAGAGGUGCCAGCAAUUGCUGAAGGUGGUGAUGAACACCCGAAGGUGGGAGGAAGGACUGGUACCCACAAAGCAACAUGUACCGAAAGGACUAAAUGUCAUCUACGUGCAUGUGAGAGCGUGUUAACCCAGAGCUACCUGCACCAACCCCAGACAGAAGCCAAUCACAUCUUUGGGGGAGGGGAGGGGCAGGAAGAGGUGAGAAGAUCAGGUGGUCCAAAGUGGACCACACUUGGUCCAUUUUACACUUUUUUAAAGGAGAUUAAAAAACACAGCCUCUCCCCCAAAGGGUGUUCAUUCUUAAUUCCCACCUGGCCUGUUAGGAGCCUUGCUACCCUGAGGGGAUGUGUUCACCUUACCUAGACCUAGUUAGGAAGUAUCAUUUUAAGCUAUUAGAGUAUUUAUCUUCAUGUGCAGGGAUAAGUGCACUAAUAGUGUGCUGCUCUGUCGGAAGUUCUUCAGUUUUUAAGUUAGGAUAUCGUGACAGUAUUAAUACAUCGCAAUAAUGUUCCUGUGUGUUAUACAUCGAGGGUUUUAGAAAUGUGAUUUUCUUCUUUUGACCUGUGAGGAGUAUAACUUCUUUCAGCCCUCAGAUUUUAAAUACAAGCAAAUAAACUCGCUAUUUUUAGAUGUUUUUUUCCUCCAAAGUGGUUUUCUUCUCUUAAAUAACUCGAUCUGUACCCAGCUGGGUAGCAGCCAGCAAAGGCCAUCAGACAACCAGAAGCACAUCCGUUUUUGUAGUGUCACAAACGUGUAUAUGCCACACUUUGCACCUUAAUGAAAUACUUUGAAACAGAAGUUAUUCACUGUGUUUUUGAUGAUCUAUCUGUAUUGGAAAUAUAUUCCUGGAAAAUGCAUUUAAGUAAUAGUAAAUUCUCUUGCAUGUUCCAUUAUACGUGUCUUCUAAGAGCUGUUCAAUACAGUAUUCACUCUAGUAACAAUUAUCUUUUUCUCUUAAUGAUUUUGUGUGCAUCUUUAAUCUUUCAAGCCAAAUUACAGCCAUUUCAGGUUUCCUGUGUUAGCUUGGGGAUAGGAUGGUGGCUGGAGACAGGCAGGCUUCUCUGCCCUGGGAAGAGCGCACUCAGCUUAAUUGCUCUGCCAUCAUAGAGCCUGGUUGGACUUGGCUUCCUGAAAACUCCCACUGAUAGUGCCUGUUAGAUCUCCUGUUUGUUUCAGUUGGCAGAACAUUUACUGGACCCAACUGUGGCAUCAUCCUCUCAGCAAUCUUCCUGUCACCCGCCUGGCAGGCAGAAGAAGCUGCAGUCCCACAUGGGCCUGCCUUGGGGGGUGGGGGCUGCCUGGCUGUUGGGUGGCAGUGUCAGCACAGGCAGGGCUUAAGUUCGGGAUGUUUGACCAGGCCACAUCCUGCAACCGCUGUUUCUCCUGUCCCUCCGGUGCAGGGCUUGUAGCAGCAGCAGUGUGGCCAUCGCCAUCCCCCAAAGCACACUUGCUCUCUCAAUAUGUCCUAGUUUUCUUUAGUCUUUUCUGGUUCAGUUCCCUUGUCCUGAUCUCAUCCUCUCUGGUCUCCCAGUAACUCACCCUUGGGAUGUGUUUAGAGCGUGGGAGGUGCCUUUGAGAACUGCUUGACUCCAUGAUCUCCUAGAACAAAACCGCCCUGACUUUACAGGGGGAACACUCAUGCUGAGCUGAGAAAGCAGAGAAGUGGCGUGGGAGCCAGCUGGGGGUGCAGAGCAUUUGGGCCAGUCCCGUGGCCCCCUUCAAAUUCCUCAAGCAGGAUUGUUCUGUUCUAGAAAGCUGUUGCACAGCAUUCGCAAUGAGAUCUUUAGUUGGCGGAUUUUCUGGAACAUUUGUUUUUCAACUUGUCCCGACAUUUUUUUUCUGUUUCUAUUCUGAGAGAGAGAUGAUCAAGUUUUAAUUUGGGUAUAGGUUAAAUGGAAGAAGAAACAGAACUUCAUGGCCAAAAUAGACGUAUAGAUUUUGAUUGGGUUCUUUGCUAACAGUAGAAUGCGAUCUUUGCCACUGACUGUAGUGUUAAUAAGGCUUUUAAUGUGAGAUAUUCCUGCAAACCAUCCCAUUUCUACUGAUUGUAAGUCAGAAUUUCUUUUAUCCCUUUCAAAUCAGUUUCUACAUGUUUAAGUGUUUAGGGCUUCAUCAGCAUGAGAAGUUUGUAAUUACUGAAAGUCUGAUUUCAUUCAGGACACAUUUUUUUCCUUCAUAUUUUGCCUGUGAAUUUAUAGGCUAGGAAGGCUAUUGAAGCCUCAAUUAUGGGUCUUCAUUUUGAGAUCAUUUUCUAUGAGCUGAACUGAGGAUAUCAAUGGUUAUCUCAAAAUCGUCUUUUAGGAGCUCCCCAAUUGACUCAGGGUUUGAGGAGUUAGUAUCACAGAAUCAGAUUUUUUUAAAACAUUUGUAUGUUUCCAUUCCCAAAUAUGUAGCUGUGGUUCUUGAAAACACGUCCUACAUUGCAUAUGGGCACAGCAGUUUUUGACCCAGGCAGAAUAAGUUAAUAUUUAAUUAAAUAUUGCUUUGAAGAUGGCGCUCUGGGCAUGAGCAUGGGGCUCCAUGACUUCCCUUCUAUCCCCAUGAGCCCCUCCUCCAUCCAGCGACAAGCCAUGGGCAUGCAUUCAAUGCAGCAAGACCAACACAAAAGCAAUAUUGAAUUGUUCAUUCUAUCUAAAAUUACAUGUAUAUAAAAUAUAUAAUUUAUCUUCCUGCAUUUUUGAAGUAUAAAGUCAUAAAUUGUACAUAUCUGUAAGCUAGUAUAUUUGUUUCCCUGUUUGUAAUAUUUAAGAAAUGCUCAGUCUUUGUAGAACAAAAAUGUAUUAAAUAUUUUAAAAAUUUCUCUGUGAUACUUAAUUUUUUUCCCCAAAAUUUGUAAUGUGUUGCUUCUACAUAAGUUCUCUGGAAAUAUCUACAACUAAUAGGACACAUGUAAAUCUUUGAAGACACAUCCUGGAAUUCAUACCCCACAAGGACAGUGUGUAUACAAAGUAUUUGCAGAGCAUGACUUUUAUAUGUGUGGGAUAUCAAUGUGUAUAUUUAUAUUUAAAGUGUAUUUAUUGUUACAAGUCUAUUCUCUAUUAUAUUUUAUUUACUCUGCAGUUAUAAAAACCACCCUUGCAUACAAGUUUCUAGUUGCCAAUGAUGUUCUGGAAAUAAUGGGAGAUAUUACAAUAAAGCUACAGUUAUGACACCCUGGCUGGAAGGUGGUGCUAUUUCUUAAGGGGUUAGCUGGUCUAGGAUGACCUCGACUUGGUGACUCCUCAGCGGCUGUUAUGUGCUUAUGACCACAAUAGGAGGGUAUCAGGCUCUGUGCAGAACUAGCAUAGGCAAUAGUAGCUCACCCUGGGGUGUCCCGUGAAACUUUCCCAUUGCUCUCUGUCACUGGGUGGAAAUGAAGCCGAAGCUCCAGACAGGUUAAGGUGAGAGGGAAGGAGUAGGGCAGGGCCUUACUUGUGUCAAAAUAGAAGAAGUGAAGACAAACUCCCUUCUCUUUUUUUUUAAUCCUGCUUUCCUCCACAACCCCAGGCUAUUAAAUUGUAAACCAAAUAUAAAAUUCUAAGCCCCCCAACUGACUGAUGGAUGCUCCCCUUGGCCAAGGGCAUUCCAAAGUUAAAAACUAGUUCAGGCCAUGAUGGGAAGUGGGGAUCAGACGUGCCUCAUUUAUCCUCCUUCUCUUGGAAUUCAGGCACAACUGACCAGCAUUAACAUUAAAACAUCUGAAGAAUGAUAGACUGUUUGGGUCUGGUAAGAGGCAUUUCCUUCUAUUGAUUCUUUCUGCAUAAUAGGAACCUUGGUUCCCUAAGCCCUUAUCUUAAUCCAGACUUUCCCUUCUAUUGACUCCAGUCUUUAGAUAAUAAUCUAACUGUUUCAACCAAUAGCCAAUUAGAAAAUUCUUGAAUCUACCUAUGACCUGGAAGCCCGCACUUUGAGUUAUCCCACCUUUCUGGACCAAACCAGUGUACCUCUUACAUGUAUUCAUUGAUGUCUUAUGUCUUGCUAAAAUGUAUAAAAUGAAGCUGUAGCCAGAUCACCUUGGGCACAUGUUCUCAGGAUCUCCUGGGGUUGUGUCUAGGGUCAUUAGUCACUCGUAUUAGGCUCAGAAUAAAUGUCUUCAAAAA